CACCAGGUGGGGUUGAGCGGCUAAAGCACCUUUGUUGAAGUGAAACAACCUCAGAUACAACACUUCGGACUUCCGCACCCACUAUAUGUGGUUAUCGCAUACGAGGCAUAGGAAUGCUGAAUCUAUCACAUGAAAGUACUGCUAACAUAGUGAGUGACCUUGGAAUGAGGCACUGUAUUUAUUUGGGCGCCGGGUUUGGAAGAAGCCAAAGGCCGAAGGGAACAAAGGGGCCUCUGUGAUCUUCGUCCUUAGCGAAGGCGAAGCGAUGUCUCAUCGAGGUCUCACAUCAGAUAAAAGGGUCAGGCGUUUCCUGCCCGAACCUGUCGAAACCUCUUCCCGCAGUUCUAGGGAUCCUAAGGCUACCUUCCGAGAAACCAGCCCGUCGACACAGAAGGGCUCACGAGGCUCCAACGAACAGUCACCUAAACCCAAGAAUAUCUCGCCGGUCAACGAAGCCGUUAGCUUAACUGUGCCAACUGGGGUGGCCCGGGAAGAUCAGCAAUUCAAGGGAGAAUCACGUUCUGUAGGUCCGAGAAACUCCGUGCUCCUGUUUCCGAGGAAAUUCACACCACAACUCGUGGAGACUGGCCAACGAUCGUUUCGGAGACAGCAGAUGAGGCAUAUUCAUCACAGUGAAAGCAUACCAGAAGCAUUGCCUCGAAAUAUAAAUCACGAAGGUAUCAGGGACCAAUUCGCAGAUGAUGUCACCGGCAUAGAGGAGUCUUGGUUUUCAUAUGCAAAUUUGCAACGACGCCAGGAAACCAGAAGACAUUCUUUCCGAAUACCUGAUCUUCCUGCAAUUCCAUCGAGUUGUAGUGAGGACUCUGAUGAUUCAGAAGUCUCUCCACGACCACCAUCAUUCUCUGCUGCUCAUUGUGGACCUUCUGUGAAACAGAAAACACAUAUAAAUGAGCGUCAUGCAAGUCAAUUAUCGGAGUAUGUGGUAGCUCUAGCAGCCCAUUCUGCAGAAAAUCAACUAAAGGAGCAGGCCCUCGCGGCUUUCCCUAACGAACAAGUCUAUCAGCCCGUGGACCAUUUCGCAGUUGAUAGAGAGGAUGAUGACUCUUCGAAGGAUGAAAAGUUGCAAGUCCGUACGGACAUAUUCACACCAGGCAUCCAUCGAAGGGCCUCGUCCGCAGAUCUGCCAUGGGAACUCGAGUACUUGCGCAGGCAUAAGGAGGAGGCUGAGAUGUGUGAUCGUGCUAUGGCUGGAACAAAAGGAUUGCAUUUCUCACCAACUGAUAGGCGACCUUUUGACGGAGCGAGCGUUUCUUGCGGAAACUGGGCCGGUGGGUUUGGUUUGACACAAAUCAAGCCAGGCAUAAGCCCACCCAUGCUUGGAGAGGAUCUUGUAUUUCCACAAAGUGUUUCACCCGAAGCGACAAUAUGUGAGAGCAGCAAUGUUGAACAUUACGUCACGCAAGACAAACAGUAUCACAAUGCUGGGCUUUGGUAUGCAGACCGCCACCUUUUUGAUGACUCUGAUGGUGGCGGUCUUUGGAUGGGAACUUGUAAAUCCAACAAGCGCCUUUCGCAUUUGGAAGAUUCGCAGUCAUCCAGCCCGCGGUCAAGCGGUGAUGCCGGUGAAUAUCCUCAAUGCUCAACCCAAACCUCCCAUAUCAAGGGUUAUGAGAACCGGUCGUUAUUGGAUUCAUCAAGGGAUCCCGAAAGUUUGGACUCGAGGCACACGAGACAACAUGCUAGCGACCAGGACCUUGAUCAUGAGUUGACUGAUAGCUUCGUGACUCAGAUCUACAAUUAUUUGUCCCUGGGCUAUCCCUGUGUUGCUCGCUACUACGAUCAUGAGCUCAGUAUCAUUUCUGGAAUCUCUGUAGCAGAUCUUAGACGCGAUGACCUCAAGACAGAUGCGAAGGGUUACGUUAGCGUCAUGGAUGAAGGUCCCACGGAUCGGAAGGUAGAGAAGGGCCUAUGUAUGCGAUGGAUGGCAUUGCGCUUAUACAUACAAGAGUGGGCUAGAAAACGGCCCAAAAUGGCUGAUGACGGUAUUCAUGGAGCAUGGGGGGUGUGUGAACGAAAGGGUAGCUGGGCCAUCUGA